AUGCCGCAGUGGGGUGGUGGAGCCAAGUGUGCUGCCUGUGAGAAGACGGUCUACCAUGCAGAGGAGAUUCAAUGCAACAGCAGAAGCUUCCACAAAACCUGCUUUCUUUGUAUGACCUGUCGAAAAGCCCUAGACAGCACCACUGUGGCUGCCCAUGAAGCUGAAAUCUACUGCAAGUCCUGCUAUGGCAAGAAGUAUGGCCCCAAGGGCUAUGGCUAUGGUCAAGGGGCAGGAACACUCAGCUCUGAAGCUGGUGAGAGUCAACCCACCCAACAUGGAGAGUUACCUGGACACUAUCCAUCUCCAAACCCCAGCUCCUCCAAAUUUGCCCAGAAGUUUGGUGGUGCUGACAAGUGUCCACGAUGUGGUAAUUCGGUGUACGCUGCUGAGAAGGUGAUUGGCGGAGGGAAGGCCUGGCACAAAACCUGCUUCCGCUGUGCGUUCUGCGGCAAAAGCCUGGAAUCCACCACUGUGACAGACAAAGAUGGAGAAAUCUACUGCAAGGCUUGUUACGCAAGGAACUUUGGACCAAAAGGUAUUGGCCAUGGACAAUCCGGUGGAGCAUUACCCAGCGCAGAUUAA